AUGCCUUCUGUCGCCGAGAACCAAAUCGCCACCACCAAGGACUUGUUCCAGGGUUACAACGAAUACAACGCCGAUGCUGUGCUCCGCACUCGCGCCGAUAACUGCAUUCACGUCAUCCUCCCAACCACCCUAAACCGUCCGUCCAAAAACAAUGAAGAGUACCGCGAGUUCUUCGGUCCCCUGCAGAAGAUUAUGCACAAAUUCCAGACUACCAUUCACAAGAUUGUGAACGAUCCCGAGAACCACUCCGCCGCUGUCCACGCCUCUGGCAUUGGCGAGUCCCCCGUUGCCGAGUACAAAAACGAGUACGCCUUCUUCUUGGAGUUUAAUGAGACCGGUGAAAAGAUCACUCGUAUCGAGGAGUUUGUGGAUGCCGAAUUCAGCAAGAGCUUCCUGGCCAAGGUGAAGGAGUACCAGGCUAAGCAAAAGUAA